ACGACCUAUAAUACCACGACUGCCAAUUAUCACAGUCAUCAAUGUCAUGGGCGGUACUCGGAAAAAGACGAGAAAGGAAUCUAUAGUAUCCGGUUCCUCGACUGCCCGGACUUCCUCGGUCUCACAUAAGGUCACACGCUCGACUAUCACUGCAUUUCACGUUCUACUCAGAAAAAAGGCCAAUAUAACUAAAAAAUUACAGCAUGCCACUACCGAUUCCGAGAGAUCCCUCGGGCAGAAAGAGCUAGAUGUAAUCAACAACAAUAUAUCAGAACUAGGAGGACUAGACGCGUAUCAAAGAGCAAGUCAAUUGGGACAAUCUAAGGACAGAGGCGGCGAUAGCUCGAGGAUACUAGUCAACUGGUUACUGGGUAUGGGCAUGAAGAAGGACCGGCCAUUAAAAAUGUUAGAAAUAGGGGCACUUCGGCCAGAUAAUUAUGCUUCAGAGAGGUGGUUAAAAAAUACUCCAAUAGAUUUACAUUCGCAACAUCCGUCAAUACUUGAGCAGGACUUCUUCCUCCGUCCCCUUCCCAUAUCGGAAGAAGAGUCAUUUGACCUCAUUAGUUGCAGUUUAGUCCUGAAUUUUGUUGAUGACCCAGCCAGAAGAGGCAAAAUGCUCCAGUUAAUACAUAAACACCUGAGGCCUAGCAGCGAAUCGUUGUUGUUUCUCGUUCUUCCUUUGCCUUGCGUCAAUAAUUCACGUUAUUUGACGUUGCCUGUAUUAGUCGAAAUCAUGGAAGCAAUAGGAUUCAUUCUUGUCAAAGAGCGGUGGAAGACGGGAGGCAAAGUAGGCUAUUGGCUUUGGCGUUGGAACAAUAAAAGGGACUCUGGCAAAGAGGGAGGGUUAUUACAACGAAAGGUACUGCAGCGAAGCGGUGCGAAGAUGAACAAUUUCGCAAUCGUAUUGCCAUAACGACGUCUCUUACUAACAUAGAAUAAAAAAUGCAUUUGAUAUGGCU